AUGGUUCCUCGUUAUCGCAGCGUGGCCGUCAUCGGUACAGGACCUUCGGGUGUAUCUGCCGUCCGAGCCUUAAGUGACGAGAAAGUCUUCGACACGAUUCGUGUCUUCGAGCGUCGCAAUCAGUCAGGGGGAUUAUGGCACUACGAUCCCAUUCCCGAUCCCUUUCCAGGUGCUGCGACAGAUGGCCGCCCUGGGUUGUCAAAGAGUCCAGCUGUCCCUGCCAAUCUCCCGCAGUUUGCCCCUCCAGCUCCUGAAGACCUCAGUGCAAGAUCCGCUGUCUAUGACACGCUAGAUAGCAAUGUCGGAGCUGAGUUGAUGGCAUUCACACACAUGCCGUUUCCGUUGCAAAAUUCUGCGGCGUCGGUUGAGCGAUUCGGAAGUCCGAAUCCAACUCGUCCAUUUAGGGUCGUUUCCAGGUACCUACAGGACUUGCUGCAGGAUUAUCUCCAUCUGGUCUCGUUUAAUACAACGGUUGAGAAGGUGGAAAAGACCGACCAUGACAGGAAAUGGACCCUGACCCUUCGUCGUUCGGGACAGCUCCGCGGCGGUCAACCCCUCGAUUACUGGUGGCAGGAGAAGUUUGAUGCAGUCGUUGUGGCUUCUGGGCACUACAAUGUCCCUCUCAUCCCUGAUAUCCCCGGUCUGGAGGAGACCGCAAAAUCCCGCCCGCGUGCCCUGGAACAUUCCAAGGCAUUCCGUUCAGCAGACGACUACGUUGACCAACGUGUCGUCGUCGUCGGGGCAAGCGUCUCGGCCUCCGACCUAGUCAGCGAUCUGCAUGCCGUUAUCCGCGGUCCGUUGUACCUGUCUCAGCGCGGCAAGAACGAGAUCCUCGACUCAGCCUGGAAUCUCCCCAACGUCGAGAGAAAACCGGCCAUCAGACGCAUCGAGCCCGACACCGAAACAACAGUAAAAGUCACAUUCGCCGACGACUCCACCGUCGACAAGAUCGAUAAGAUCCUCUUUGGAACAGGCUACCGACUCUCCUACCCUUUCCUCACUCCGGACCCGGUGACAUUCACCAACCGUCUAGCUGGGUUCUACCAGCACAUUUUCAAGAUCAGCGAUCCCUCCCUCGCUGUAGUCGGACAAGUCCGCGGCGCCCUUUCGUUCCGGGUAUACGAAUACCAAGCCGUAGCGGUGGCGCGGUAUUUCGCCGGCCGGGAAGCAAAACAAUUACCAUCCCCCGUGGAGCAAGAAAAAUGGGAGAUAAAAAGAUUGGAAUAUAAAGGUCCCUCUUCCGUCUUUCACGAAAUCAAGCCAGAUCUGAAGGAAUAUUUCAACUACCUAAGGGAGUUCGCGGGCCCGGCUGCUCCGGACUCGACGGCGUACGAGUUGCCAGAAUUUGACGAUAAGUGGCCUGAACUUGGCUUCUCGAUAUUGCAACUGAAGGAUGCACAUUGGAAGGGUAUCAAAGAGAGACAUGAGAAGCAGUUGAGGUCGAGAUUGUGA